UUCAACCAAGACCAAGACUCGACCCGCUACUCCUCGGCGCCCUCUCCUCCACAAGCAUGUCAGGCAAGGCAGAUGCAAGCAGACGACCGAGUAAGACGGCCAGCACCGGCUCCGGCUUUUCGCUCUUGAAAGCAGCCGCAAUCGGUGUCAUGCUCGCACUCGGCGUUUCGCGCUACCGUCAUGGCGACUAUAAGUAUGGCUAUAGCAAUCAGUACACAAAUGUCAAUGCAUGGCUACAGAUGCUUAAGCCUGAUAUUGUCAUCACUGAAGCUGAACUCGCAGCGAGUGAUGGUACCAAUGGCAAACCCAUCUACGUCGCAGUCAACGGAACCGUGUACGAUGUCUCUGCUGAGCCACGCCUGUACGGUCCAGGUGGCUCAUACAGCUUCUUCACGGGUAAAGAUGGUGCACGCGCCUACAUCACAGGUUGUUUCGCCACAGACAUGACGCACGACCUGCGCGGUGUCCCUGAAGAAUCGCUGAUUGAGUUGGAUGCAUGGAAGAAGUUUUACGAAACGCAUGGGAAGUACUAUCGUGUAGGGACUGUCAUUCAUCCGCCGAUUGAUCCAUCUAUUCCACCGCCAGCACCCUGCGAUGCGCAAAAGAUGCCAUCUUCGUAGUAGUGCUCGUACAUAUACAUUUCAUUUGUACAACCCAAAGUUCUAUGGUGAUACAAAAGAAGUUAUUACGCAUCCAAGGGUGACCCUUCAUGAACUUCGAAUUCUUCAAUAGGAGCACUCGCCAUUUGGAGAUGCCUCAUGCCAGUAUUGCAACUCCCAAGGCGUGGGCCAGUGGUCAGACCUUUGCCGAGGUACGGGAACCCGAGAUCCUCGAGCAGUUGUUCACGCACACCAAGCUGGCUGUGAGGCGUCGUCAUCAUGGUUGCUUGAGCAGUGAUGAAUGCCUGUGCCACUUCGAGAAGCUGAAUAUUCUGCGAGGAAAGAAGGAUAGUCUGUAGCGGUUCGGCCAACGCAGGGUACAGCAGCGAUGCGAUCUCCGGUAGCGCAUGCGCAGCCUCAGACAAGAUACGAUAGAGCAUGAUUUGUCGAGUCUGGGAGGCAUGUCUGAGCAAAACAAGCAGGAAUGACAAUAGCAACAAAGCUUGAGUAU